AUGCGUCCCAAUAGUAUCUUGGCUGCCCUGGCCAUCUUCAAUGGCCUGGCCUCUGCCAGCGCUAUUAUUUACCCCAAGCAUGGUGAAAAGGACAUCUUCAAGCAUGAUGGCCACAAGGACCACCACAAGUUCAAGGACUACUUCAAGAACCACCAUGGGGACAAGCACCACAAGGACAAGCACCGCAAGGACGACCACGUUGAGGUUGACCAGUUCAAGUUCAAGGAUGACUUCAAGCGCCCCCACAAGCAUGAACACGGCAAGCCCUGCCAUCAUCAUCACCAUAAGCCCGAGAAGCAUCACCACCAUCACUGCGAGGGUGGUCACUGUGACAGGAAGUCCUGCCACGAGUGCAACGGCGAGUGGGCCAAGCCCGGAUGCCAGCACUGUAAGCCUGAGAGGCCUUGCCACGGCCCCGACUGUCACCGUCACCACAAGUACGUGGACGUUGAGGUCAUCAAGGAGAAGUCCAAGGACAGGCCUCAGCACGUUGAGGUAAUUAAGGAGCUCAAGGAGAAGGAGAAGGAGGUUCUAAUCAAGGAGCUCAAGGAGAAGGAGAAGGAGAUCAUCAAGGAAAAGGAGAAGGAGAAGGAGAAGGAAAUCAUCAAGGACGAGAAGGAGGUCAUCAAGGAGAAGGAGAAGGAGAAGCCGUGUACCAAGGUGGAGACCAAGGUCAAGGUUGAGACCAAGGUUGAGACUAAGCCUUGCACCAUCGUCGUCCAGAAGACCACUGCUGCUCCAUCUCCCCCUUGCACCUCUCUGCCCGCUCCUCCGGCCAAGAACGUCACUCCUCCAAUUCCUUGCCCUAAGCCUCCGGCUCCUUGCCCGGUUCCCGUUCCCCCCCAACCUCAGCCUCAACCCAAGCCGCAGCCUCAACCUCAACCUCAGCCUCAGCAGCCCUGUCCCCAGCCGGCUCCGGCUCCUGCUCCUGCUCCUGCUCCUGCUCCUGCUCCUGCUCCUGCUCCUGCUCCUGCUCCUGCUCCUGCUCCUGCUCCUGCUCCGGCUCCGGCUCCGGCUCCAGCACCAGCUCCCGCACCAGCACCGGCGCCGGCACCCCCAGCCCCUAUUCGUCCACCACCAGCUCCUCCUUCCAACAACAUCAGCGGCCCCAGCAGCCCAGUUCCGCUCCCCGUUGCUGCUGGUGCGAAGAGCGCCAUCUCCCUUGGCACUCUCGCCAUCAGUCUUGUUCUGAGCUACUUCCUGUUCUAA